UCCGUUCUCUCGUCUCCACCCCCCUCGCUCCCGGAAGUAGAUGAGAGCGGCGUUGCCCAUGGCGGCGUCUCUGGGGCAGGUGCUGGCUCUGGUGCUCGUGGCCGCUCUGUGGGGUGGCACGCAGCCGCUGCUGAAGCGGGCCUCCGCCGGCCUUCAGCAGGUUCAUGAGCGGACCUGGGUCCGGCAGUUGCUGCAGGAGAUGAAGACCCUUUUCUUGAAUUUUGAGUACCUGGUGCCCUUUCUCCUCAACCAGUGUGGCUCCCUUCUCUACUACUUCACCCUGGCAUCAACAGAUCUGACUCUAGCUGUGCCUAUCUGUAACUCUCUGGCCAUUGUCUUCACGCUGAUUGUUGGGAAGGUCCUUGGAGAAGAUAUUGGUGGAAAAGGAGCAGUCGCUGGCAUGGUGUUCACCAUGACAGGAAUUGCACUUUGUAUCACAAGCUCAGUGAACAAGACCCAGAGGCCACCAUCUACUUUUUGAGUCGACCAACCCCAGCUUCCAGCUCUGCUGUCUYCAGGAAACCCCUGGGCCAAGGUGCAGGCAAUGAGCAGAUGGACCAAGAACUUGCCCUCUCUGAGCCUCAGUUUCCUCAUCUCUUAUGGGGAUAAUAGCUACCUCGUGGAUCACAGUAAGAKAACAGCAGUAAAAGGAUUUUGUAAUCUUCAAGUGGUGUUCAGCUGUUGGGAUUUCGCACGGGACACUUCACACUCACCCUUAGCAGCUCUCUGCCUCAACAGCUCUUCUGCUAAAAUCUCAGGUCAUUAUUACCCAACCACUGUUACCCUGGCCUGCUCUGGACCAUCAUGGUGGCAGAAUACAUGGACUGCAGAGGCCCAGCUACAUGGAAAAGACCAGCUGCUGUGUUGCAGUCUCGAAGCCAGAAAUGUGACUGAGAUACCUCCAGUGCUCAGUGCCUUGGUGACUUAGGGGAGCAACUGAGGAGAAGAGGGUGCAUCAGAAUGUAGAUAUAGGACGUAUGAACUCCGUUAGCCUUGCCUUUCCCACCCAUGAGGUGGGCAGAAAUGCUCACCUGCCAGCCCCUCUCAAGACAGGUAGACAACUGAGCCCCAGCAUCACCUAACUGUAGUAUCCAGUACAAUACCUGGCCAGUAGCAGCCUUCAAUAAAUCUGUGCUAAACAGGUUAGUUAAGUAUUCUUUUAUUGUGACAAAUCUAYUCUCACAUUUGUGGUCACUUGCCAAGCUCAAUCAGCUACUCCUUUCUCUGGACAGAGAAUCCCAUAAGAAAACAGCCUCCACAGCUAGGGCUGCUCUGCUGAGGAGAAAGAAGACUGGGCUAUAGGCUUAGAAGAAGAAUGGGAAGGGGUUGAGGAAAYCACAUCCCUAUAAGCACAGGGGAGACGUUGAUUCUCAGGAACAGGCUGAAGACAAAAGGUGUCUACCCAACUGCUGUCUYCCUGUUUCUCUUUAGAGCUUUGGCUCUCAAGAUGGUGCAAUGGCUAAGGCUGAGGAUGCAGUCUAGCUCCAGACUUGUGUUCCAAGGACAYGGCCUCCUCCACUGUUUAUGCUGCUCUCUGGAGGAAAUGAUGAUAAGUACAGAAUGGAGUCAUGCAUGUGUCCAGCCUCUAGCCCCCUGCAGGAAACCCCCCCUCCCCAGAAAAGACUAGAAAUUAAGAACUCCAGCYAGGCAUGGUGGCACAAGCCUGUAAUCCCUG